UACAGCCACCGACUGCAAGAUGUGUUCAGGUAUAGGAGUGAGCUAGCGAAGCUUAGAAAGCAGUCAGAAAACUUAAACCAAGGUAAUUGUUUGGAACCAAAACCAGCACACAGAGACCACCGGAGUUGUUCGCUCCUGGUCUGAGGCCUGGCUUUCAGUGCUGUUGAAUGUUGACCUGUGUCGCCUUCAAAACAUUCCCCCAAACCCCCCACUGUGCCUGUCACUGCACAUCCAGCUACACCCAUCAGGCUGAGAUGAAGGGAACAGGAACAAUGAAGGGUUAAUCCAAGUCUCAUUUUCUUACAUUUCCCUGUAAUUGAUCAUUCCACCUGACCAAUAAGGAGAGAACGUUGCCAAAUCGUGCACUUAUACAUUUGUUGCAAUAUAUAAAGUGCAGUCCUUAUUGGACUUUGGUACAAUUUCUGUUCUUUUGGCUCUGUACAGCAGCAUAUUAGAUUUAAAAUUAAAUAAUGAAUAUGAGGUAUGACAGCCUGUCACCUUUAAUUUGAGGGUAUUAACAUCCGUAUCAAUUACAUACCUUUUUAUACAGACCCCCUUUUAUGGGACCAAAAGUAAUUGGACAGUUGGCUUCUCAGCUGUUCCUGAUUAGUCAGGUGUACUCAAUUGCUUUCUUAGUGCAAGUGCAAGAAAGCUUUCAGUAUCUAGUCUUCAUUCAAGGCGUUUGUUGGUUAUUGGCGUUUUUCAACAUGAGGCCGAAAUUUGUACCAAUGACAGUCAAGGAAGCCGUUAAUGAAACUGAGAAAUACGAAAAAAACAGUCACAAUGUUACUGGAAUGUUUUGUCCAUGUCCUAACAUUGCCACUACAUAUUAGCCACAUUGUGAGUACUUUGUGUUGGCUUGCCCCCGUGUAGAAACCCUGCUAAAAAAAAUGUUUUGAAACAGCUGGUAGCUGGUAUUUCAAGCUGGUGGUAGCUGGAUUUUACACCAGGGAAGCAGUGGAAUUCUUUCUGUUAAUAUGUGAAUCACGUGCGGUAGAUCAGUUGUCCCCGUUAAUUAUGCGUUCGCACUGCUAGCUUCAUGGCGCAGGAUACGUAUUUUCCCUGUUGACUCGGGUCGUGUUCUUUCCCCUUCAUUAAGGCCCUGGAUCAGGAACCUUCUCUAUUAAUUGCACAGGAUCAACUUUCCCCAUAGCCUCCAUCUUACCCUUCUCCGCGGGCGUCUCAGCCCAGUCGACCGCUUCGGGCAGAGUCGGCUUUCUUCCUUCUCUCUUUUGGCCUACGCGAAAAACUGCCACACGGGGGUAUCACCUGUCGCUCACCCUCCCUCCCUCCGUUCCUCUCCCCCCGUUUCGCCCCCUCCAUCUCCUUUCAGCUGUCAUGGGCGACCUUCUCUCUGUCCGAGCUCCCGUUUUUUAAUCGCCGGGGCGAAGAUGCAUAUUGCUGGCGAACGCGCUCCAAUUACAAAGGUGUUGAGGCAAUGGAACGGCCGGCAGAGACAAGGUUCUGACAGGGGCACAAAGAGCGCAGGUGUUUCAUAUCACGUCUGAACCCAUGUGAGCCUUAUCCUGAUACUAAUACACUAUUAAUGAGAGCUAUGGUUGCGUGUGAACAUGGCUGUGUGUGCGUGUGUGUGUGUGUGUGUGUGUGUGUGUGUGGGGGUGACAUGUAAAGGUUGGGGAAAGGAAGAAGCAGUUAGAGGAGUUGAUAACAGAGGGUUGAAUAAGGCGGGGGAGGAGAGGGAGAGUGCUUGGGUUGUUGGUCGUGCGGAGGAGAGAGGAGGUGAAUAACAGAUUGUCAGUGUUGAUUCUUUUCAUUUUAUGUGAAUUGAGGAAGAUUGAUAAAAAAAUAUAUAUUAAAAAAAAAAAAAUUAAUAAUAAAAAAAAGCGACUGAGGAAGAUACAGAGAAAGAUUGAGUGGGCUGGACUACACUGUACUAACGCCUCAGAGAUCUGGAUUUGUACCAACUAGCACCAGCGUUCAGCAUUCAGACGCUGUCUGCAGGAAUGAGGGCUGAGACCGACUGUCGGGUCUUACUAUAAGCUGACCUGCAACCAAAACAAUCCAUUACUUAUUCAAAGAAGUGUAUCGCCUUCGAUUCUGCAUAUUUCGCUAGCAUUUGGGACUAUCUAAUUACUUCUGUGGUACCGCACCCCCCCACCCAGUCCGGUGAGAUGGACCGGUCCGUGGGCCCCUUCUCCAGGCUGGAGGUGGAUGUAGACCUGGGCUUUGCCCUCUUCUUCCUCUCCCUCCUCUGCUUCUUCCUGCUGGUCACCAUGAUCCGCUGCGCUCAGAUGGUCAAGGACCCGUACGGCUCCAUCUCUACCUCCACCUACCAGGAGGAACAGAUCACCUGAGGAGCGCCCUCACACACACACGGUCACAACCACACACGGUCACACACACACAGUCUCACACAGACACACGGUCUCACACAUACGGUUUCACAUGCGCACACACACAUGCGGUCACACACACACACACACACACACACACACGGUCACAGACAGACACACACACAGACGGUCACCUAUGGUGCCCAGGGGCUCCAUCAUGCUGGACAGUGGGAAAAAAAAUGUCCUGAUCUUGGCUAUGUUGUUGUACAAACUGUGGAUUAAAUGCACAUUGAUAUCAAAGGACCAAGUUACUUGUGACUGCCAAAAUGCUUUCUUUUUUAUGGUCCCCAGAAUUAAUAUUAUUAUUAUUCAUUAAUAUUUGCUUCAUACCAUCAUAUCACACCAUAAGGAUGGUGGAAUCCGAGUGAUAUCUUUACUCAUAAUCUACAUAUGUUGUAAUUUAUUACAAUGAUAAUCUAUCUUUUUCAGGAGAACCUCAAAUAAAGAAAGAGAUGCACA